UGACCAUGUGAUGUCAGAAUGUGAUGCACUGUUAGGUAUUCUGUUACAUUUUACAGCGUGUUACAUUUUCUUCUCCUGGAAGAAAAGCAUCGCAUUUGAUCUUGCUUUCAAGUCGUCGAUUCGGCCACAUAUAGUGCAGCAAACAUCUUGAUUAUUGUUUUGGGAGAUACUAGUGGUGGUACACGGAAAUUAAACAGUCUACCAGCUCUGCAGUGGACAACAUGAGCUGGCCACAUGGUUUAACGCAAAACGCUAGAGGUCAAGCUGUGUCGCAAACUAAAGGCGAUGGCAAUAAUGGAGAUCGAUUUCCUUUGUAUGUUACCAACAUUCCAGUUGACAUAAAUGAGGAUCAAUUAAAGGAGAUGUUCAAUCAAGCAGGUGAUGUGAUCCAUUCAAAAUGCCUUCCUCCCAGAGAAGGUAGGAAUUCCAAGGUUGGGUUUAUAACCUAUGCUAAUGAGGAAGAGGCAGAAAAGGGCAUUUCCAUGUUCAAUGAAACUCGUAUAAGUGGACAGACUCUCAGAGUGGAUUAUACAAAAUCAUUCAAAGAAACGAGGGCUCAGUAUGGAAAGGGAAAUUCACCAUUCUCUGGUAACAAAACAAAUGAUGCACCAUUCCCAUCUGGAAACACAAAAAGUGGUUCUCCCUUCUCCUCAGGCAGCAAUGAUUCACCAUUCUCAAAAAGUGUGAAUUCUGAUGCAAUGAGAGGCAUUAAACAGCGUAGCUUGCCACCACAACCAAAUGGCCCACAAGGUAUUGGUAGAGGAAUUCAUUAUGACGAUGAUGCUCCAAGUCAACCUGGGUCAGUCAUGAAUGGGCAACCUGAGGGCAUGUUUAAUUCUUCCCCUGGGGGCAUGCAUGAUAAUUUUUCAGCUAACCAGAACAAUUACCAGCAAUCAAAUUACCAAGGUAACUUCCAAGAUGAUUCACCACAAGGAAAUUUUAAUAAUCAACAAGGGACACAGCCUUAUCCUCCACAAUCCACACUUCCUAAUGAUCAGACGUCGUACCAGUCGGACAUGAAAGCCAUGGUAAAUGGUUUUAGUUCAAUGCAAGUCACACAACCUUCUGAUGGAAUUCAACCCACUGAUCAUGAUCAAAAUGAGAACACAGGUCAAAAUGGUCCAGUGGAUCAAAGUCAGGCUUAUGAUCAGAAUCAGAACUAUGAUGGGAAUCAGGCAUAUGGUCAAAAUCAAACAUAUGGUUACGAUCAGAAUCAGGGAUAUGAUCAGAAUCAGGCAUACGAUCAGAAUCAGCCAUACGAUCAGAAUCAGGCUUACGACCAGAAUCAGGCAUACGAUCAGAAUCAGGCAUACGACCAGAAUCAGGGAUACGAUGAGAAUCAGGCUUAUGAUCAAAAUCAGGUUUAUGAUCAAAAUCAGGCAUACGAUCAGAAUCAGGCAUACGAUCAGAAUCAGGCAUACAACCAGAAUCAGGCAUACAAUCAAAAUCAGGCUUACGAUCAAAAUCAGGCAUACGAUCAGAAUCAGGCAUACGACCAGAAUCAGGCUUACGAUCAAAAUCAGCAAGCAUAUCCGAACCAGACAUAUGAUGAAAAUGCUGCUAACUAUCACGAGAAUCAAGCAUAUAAUCAAAAUCAGGAAUAUAAUCAGAGUCAACCAUAUGAUGAGAACCAAACGUAUGAUCAAACGCAGCAAUAUAAUCAACAUCAGAGCUUUGAUCAAAAUCAAAGUGAUGGUCAACAUCAAAGCUAUGGUCAAGAUCCAACAUAUGGUCAGAAUCAAAAUUAUGGUGAAAACCAGGCGUAUGACCAAAAUGCAUAUGGUCAAAGUCAGACUUACGAUCAGAAUGAAGCGCAUGGUCAAAGUCAGUUCCAGACUCCAGCCGGUGGGGAAAAUCAGACAUAUGGGGAGAACCAGGGCUACAAUCAGAAUCAGAGCUAUGCUGAAAAUCAUGAUACUCAUACAUACGGUCAAAAUCAAAAUUUCGGGAGUCAAGUCACCGAUCAAUCCCAGCCUGAAACGUCAACUGGUGACCACACUAGCCAGAUGUAUGGUCAACAACAGAUAUUCCACAACCAGCAGACGUUUGGUGAUAAUCAAGUGUCUAACAAAAGCGAAACGCCGGAUCAGAAACGGUCUUUUGAUCAAAUGUUUGGGGCGCAAUCAACUGCGAACGAUUCACUAAAACAGUCAUUCGAUCAAAAUCAAUUUCAGGUUUCCAGUCGUUUACCAAGAUCCCAGAAUGACUCUGGUGGAAAGACAUGCCAUAAAUGUGGAGAGGUUGGUCACUUCGCUCGUGAAUGUCCGAAUAAUUCAACGGGCGGUGGCACCAGCGGUAAUUGUCACAAUUGUGGUCAACCUGGUCAUUUCUCUCGUGAGUGCCCAACCAAGAAAACCCAUGGCGGUGAAUGUCAUCGCUGUGGCGAGAGCGGGCAUUUUGCCAGGGAAUGUCCUCAGAGCUCUGGCGGUGGGGGUGGCGGUACCUGUCACAAUUGUGGGGAACCCGGACAUUUUUCCCGGGAGUGUCCUAAUAAGUCUGCCAACAGUGGGAGUGACGGCUGUCACAGGUGUGGAGAGCAAGGUCACUUUGCGAGAGAAUGUCCCAAUAAUAGUGAUCAAGGUAGUACUUGUCCCAGGCCAGCGAUGAGGGUAGAUUAUGUUCCUCCACCACUACCAGAUGACGUGGACAUGUUAUUCAAAUCUGCUGUCCCCAAAGGAAUCAAUUUUGAUAGGUUCGAUAACAUUCCCGUGGAGGUCACAGGCAACAGUCCACCAGCAGCAAUACAAACAUUUGAUGAGUUAUUAUUACCUGACACUUUGAAAUCCAAUCUCGCGAAAGCGGAGUUCACUAAACCCACUCCAGUGCAGAAACAUGGCAUGCCCAUUAUUCUAAGCGGACGCGAUGUUAUGGCCUGUGCCCAAACUGGUUCCGGAAAAACGGUGGCAUUCCUGUUACCAGUGAUGGCGGGCAUGGUGAACAAUCGCUUAGCAGAAGCCGGCUAUCUGGGCGGUGGGGAUGCGCCGAGUCCUGCUGCAUUGUGUGUGGCUCCUACACGCGAACUGGCUUCUCAAAUAUUCACUGAGGCUCUGAAGUUCUCCAAUGGUACAUAUCUACGUCCUGUUGUGUGUUACGGUGGUGUGAGUGUGGCACAUCAAUUGUCGAAGCUGGAACGUGGUUGUCAUAUUCUUAUUGGAACACCUGGUCGUUUAAUCGACUUCGCUGGACGAAAUAAAGUAAGCUUCAGAAAUGUUCGUUAUCUCAUCCUGGAUGAAGCGGACCGUAUGCUUGACAUGGGAUUUGAAAAUGACAUGAGAAAGAUUGUAACUCAGUUUGGCAUGCCAGAAAAGACCCAACGGCAAACUUUGAUGUUCAGUGCCACAUUUCCAGAUCAAAUCCAACAACUGGCCCGAGAGUUUCUGAAUGAUUACCUGUUUCUGGCUGUCGGAAGUGUCGGUGGUAGUAACCUCGAUAUCAAACAGGAAAUUCUCGACGUGCAGGGAAAUCAGAAGAGAUCUGUUUUAAUGGAAAUCCUUGGACAAUCAGGGACGGAGAAAACUCUUGUUUUUGUUGAAAGAAAAAGAAAUGCUGAUUUUCUUGCCAAUUGGUUAUCUCAGAAUCAAUAUCCAGCAACUAGUAUUAGCGGGGACCGUACCCAGCAAGAACGUGAGGCAGCCCUUUGCGAUUUCCGUGGUGGACGUGCGCCUGUUCUCAUUGCAACAUCGGUUGCUGCACGUGGUUUGGACAUACCAAAUGUAAAACACGUCAUCAACUAUGACUUGCCGCAACAGAUCGAAGAGUAUGUACAUCGUAUUGGCAGAACUGGUAGGAUUGGAAAUCAAGGCAGGGCUUCGGCAUUCUUUGAGCGUGGAAAGGAUGACAAGUUAGCAAGAAGUUUAGUCAAAGUUUUAUCUGAUGCCUUGCAAGACAUACCAAAUUGGCUUGAAGAAGUUGCAGAGCGGGCAUUAGGAACAAACUACGGACCCGCUGGAGGGAAAUUCGCUUCUCGCGAUACAAGACAGUUUGACCGGCGAUAUGCCAGUGGUGGAGGUGUUGGUGGAAACUCAGAACCUCGUCGCACAACUAAUGUCUCCUUUGUAAAUUCGUCCUCCAAUUCACGACAAAAUGAAGAGGAUGAGGAGGAAUGGGCAUGAAUAUGUUCCAGCAUUACGGAAACGUGUUUGGAUACUCCAGGACUUCGUAGAUGAAGCGAGUAUCCGCAAAUACAAUAUAUUUUGGUUUUGUUUGUUGGUAAGUUGAGUAGCAAAUGCUGAUGUGUUUGUUGGGUAAAAUAUUCUACUUAUCUGUCUUAAAGUUACAUACGAUUUCAGGGGCGUAGCUAGAACGAUAAUUUGGGGGGGGGGGUUGAAUAUUCAUACAUUCAGUUCUGCCCGAAGGAUUUCUAUUGUAAGCUAUUACAUUUACAAUAGAAAUCCGUCGGGCUGAACUGGAUAUAUGAAUGUUCACCCCCCGCCCCCAAUUAUCGCCACUGUACGAUUUAUAUUGUAGUGUAUAAGCACUUGGCAAACAUUGAGUGUAUGUAGUUCAGGUUACUUGCAUUGUAUCGUAUAUACUGCUUGCAAAUGUUAAGGACAUUUGGAUGUCUACAAAUAUUCAAAUGGUCGGGAAAAGUGAAAAAAAAUAGUGCGAAGAUGUGCUGCUUCAUGGUAUUGUGUUGUAUUCAUCAGGGGGAGGUUGUAGAAAACUCCUAACUUUAUUUUAAGUGGUUAAUCAGUUACAUCAAAGAUACACGUCUACCGUGUUCCAAGUAUAUUAUAAAUGAAAUAUAAUGUAAUACAACAGCAAACGUUAUGCUUGCGAAUGUGUGAUGAAACAUUUAA